CCUCUGUUGAAAAGUCCAUUUGUGAAAGCAUUGCAAGCACACAUUGCCAUUUCCUAGAGUCACAACGUCGCUGCCAACCCCUUCUCACUCUCACUCUUAUCCUUUCUCUCUCUGCAUUUAGUAUCAGACAAAGUACACACCCUUUUCCUUAUUCUCUGCGUUAUAAGAAACACUAAAACAGAGAAAACAGAGACACACACAGACACAAAGACACAGAGAGAGAAUGGCAGGAGGAGGAGGAGGAAAGGCUGAUGAAUUCGAACCUCAUCCUGUGAAGGAUCAACUUCCAGGUGUUGAUUACUGUGUUAGCAGCUCUCCCUCUUGGCCUGAAGGGAUUCUCCUUGGGUUUCAGAACUAUCUGGUUAUGCUUGGGACCAUCGUCAUUGUUUCAACCAUUCUUGUCCCUUUGAUGGGUGGUGGCAAUGUGGAGAAGGCUGAAAUGAUACAGACUCUGCUGUUUGUUGCUGGCAUAAACACACUGCUGCAAACAUGGUUUGGAACAAGGCUUCCAGUGGUUGUGGGGGCAUCCUAUGCUUUCAUCAUUCCUGCUGUUUCCAUUGCUUCAUCUAGCAGGAUGAGUGUAUUUCCUGAUCCACAUCAGAGAUUUAAACGAUCCAUGAGAGCAAUACAAGGGGCACUUAUUAUAGCAUCGUUAUUUCAAAUCAUCAUUGGCUUUUUUGGAUUCUGGAGGAUAUUUGCCAGGUUUCUCAGCCCUCUCAGUGCUGUUCCCCUUGUCACCCUUACUGGCCUAGGACUCUUUGCAAUAGGGUUUCCAAGAUUGGCAGAUUGUGUUGAAAUUGGUCUUCCUGCAUUGGUUAUUCUGGUUAUUCUGUCCCAGUAUAUUCCCCAGAAGUUGAAAUCAAAAGGGGUUGAUCGAUUUGCGCUACUAGUCUCAAUUGGAAUUGUAUGGGCUUUUGCUGAGAUUUUGACUGCAGCUGGAGCAUAUAAUAAAAGAUCCCCGACAACUCAAUUCAGUUGUCGUACCGAUCGAUCCGGAUUAAUCAGUGCUGCUCCAUGGAUAAGAGUUCCAUAUCCAUUUCAAUGGGGAAGGCCUUCUUUCGAUGCUGGUGAUACUUUUGCAAUGGUUGCUGCUUCGCUUGUUGCAAUUAUAGAGUCAACUGGGACAUUCAUUGCAACAUCAAGACUUAGCAGUGCAACCCCAAUUCCUCCCUCUGUCCUUAGCCGCGGUGUUGGCUGGCUGGGUGUGAGUACUCUUGUAGAUGGCUUUUUUGGCGCAGCAACUGGAUCUACUGCAUCAGUUGAAAAUGCAGGACUACUGGGUUUAACGCGAGUUGGAAGUCGGAGAGUCAUUGAAAUAUCAGCAGGAUUCAUGCUUUUCUUCUCUAUAUUAGGUAAAUUUGGAGCUGUUCUUGCCUCAAUACCAUUGCCAAUUAUAGCAGCUCUUUACUGUGUUCUCUUCGCCUAUGUGGCUUCAGCUGGCCUUGGUUAUCUUCAGUUCUGCAAUCUAAAUAGCUACAGAUCAAUGUUCAUCAUUGGCUUUUCUCUCUUCCUGGGCCUAUCAGUUCCGCAAUAUUUCAAUGAACAACUGUUGCUAUCCGGACAUGGCCCUGUUCAUACCGGCUCUAUUGCGUUCAACAACAUAGUGCAAGUGAUUUUCUCAUCCCCAGCAACUGUGGCAAUUAUAGUUGCUUACUUGCUGGAUGUCACUCUGAGUCGCGGGCACAGCUCAACUCGCCGAGACAGUGGGAGACACUGGUGGGAAAAAUUCAGGAACUUCGAUCAGGAUCACAGAAAUGAAGAGUUCUAUUCACUGCCUAUGAACCUAAACAGAUAUUUCCCUUCAUUAUGAGUGCACUUCCAUUUCAAAAAACAAGAGGAAAUAUGGCAUUCUCUUGACAAUUUUAUUGUCUUAUAUAAAUAUAUACUUACUCAAA